AUGCAGUCAUUCGUCGUGUUCGCCGCUGUACUGGCUUGCGCGGCCGCCGCGCCUGGUCUUCUGCUGGCUCACGAGACGCCUGUUGUGGCCGCUGUCCACGCGCCCGUUGUCCACGCGGCUGUGCCGGUUGUAGCUGCUAAGACCACGGUCACGAGGAGCAGCCAAGUGGUGAACCACGGCGGACCCGUUGUCGCCCCGGUGGCCGCCGUGCCGGUAGUCCACGCCGCCCCAGUUGUACACGCCGCCCCAGUUGUGCACGCGGUACACGCCCCAGUUGUCCACGCUGUACACGCUGUCCACACGCCGGUGGUGGUCAAGACAGCGCCGGCGGCGAUCGCCCACAGCACCUCAGUCGUCCACCACACGCCCAUCGUCAAAGCUGUGCCCCUAGUCGCCGUCCAU